ACUGGUGGUUUAGCUCAGAGAGGGAGGGAACGAGCCGUACGUCAAACGUUAGCCAAGUCUGUUUUUAAAAUAUACCGCUUAAUUUGGUCAAUUCCUCGUCUUUUUAAGCAAUAUUUCUUCUAUACUUUUUACCAACUGGAGUUAUUCGCGCAGGAUAAAGGUAAGUCCUUCCACUCAUCACAUUUUUGAGGCGCAAAACAACACGCUCUACUUGUCUCUUUGUUGAGAUACUACGACUAGCCGUGGCUAAGUCAAGCUGUCUGUAUGCGGGCUCCGACUAAUUCCUGGGUUCUCAACUUAUUUCCGCCGGUUUAAGUAGAAGUUACUGCUGUGUUGUGUCUUAAUGGUUUUUAGUAUUUCUCUUGAGUGGGCCACAAUUCAAAAAGAAAUACUCCGAAUUUUUUCACAAGAGCUUGAAACUAACAACCCUUAAUUUUGGGACGUAUCUUCCGCGAACUACCAGAUUAACGGAAUGUAACAAUGUGGUUCGCAGAAAUUAGACAUCCCCCGCUAGGUCGGAGAUAACCGUUGUCAGAUUGCAAUGCCAGCUUUUGCAGUAGUCUGUUUGUCUUUUCUAAACACAUAUAUGUAUAAACACGUUUGUUGGAGUACUUUUGCUCACCUGAGGUUGAACUGUAAUGGUUUUAUUGUAACGGGUUGCUUUGUUGACGGAUGCGUGUGCUUUCCCCGUUUACAGUAUUUGAAUGCAUGACGUUUUCCCUCCUUUCCUUUCUCUCGCCUGUUAGCAAACAUCACGGGUGUCUUGAAGCCAAUAAAGCUCAUACUCUGUGCAGUUUCCAAAAGAAAUAACCUUUUACUUGGCUUUGAAUGAUUUAACUUACAUUAAACUGUAAGGCAGAAUUAAAUCGUAGAUAGGAAUAUACGAGUAAGCGAGAAAUGUAUAAUAGGAUCAGCAGUAAAAUAGUCAUUUGUUAUGAAUGAAGCAGAUUCACUGUAUAAUUAAUCUGAAUUUUUGACGUUAAAGUAGGAGUUAUUUUUAUUAAUGUAUUUGCCGCAUGGUCUCUCAUUUUCUCUUCUAAGAAUGGCAGCAAACCAUACAGAAGAGAGUGCACUCUGGUGAGAAACAAACCCUGUAGUAGUCACUUACUUACUUCUCCCCUAACACAUGAUUCAUUUCAAAGGGACUAAAUACCAGGUGGAGCUACUAUGCAUUUUUUUACACUCUGGGGGGGAUGUCUGCCUGCCAAACUAGUAUUUAAACCCCACCCUCGCUACUGCUCAUAUCCUUUCAUCAGCCCAACCUGUGAACUGAUGGGAAACUCUCAGCAGUCACGUUUCUCUCCUGACUUUCACAUUCCCUAUGGAACUCAGCAGGCAAGCCAGGAGGGCGACGCAGGCGCUUACUUUGGGUGUGUCAUAUUUAUGUGGGUUUCAUUCAGAUGGUGUGGGAUGUUUUUGGUCUUUUUACAAGAUUACAUAAAUGACCAAUGGAUUAGGGUUAGACUGGAUAUGUUUGACUCUCCCUGCUUACUUGCUGUAAUCCUAGUGAGCCAACUUCUAAAUGGAUUGUUUGAGCUUUUGCUGUAGAUCAGUUCGGUCACUUUUGUAUUUGUGAAGGAUUACGAGACGAAAAUGAGGAACAAAUUGGCUUUAACUUUAUUUUUUUUUGUAAAUUGUAAUAUGUCCUUAGUGUGAUUAUUGCUAAAUAGUGGAUUUUUUUUAACUCAAAGUUGUAUUUCUCAUCAGAGCAGUGGAAUUUUAAUCGGCAUGUCUGCUGGCAGGAUGCUAUCGAUAUAUUGAGUAGCUGAAGUGUUAAAAAUCCAAUAUGCUUUGAUAAGUAAGUUGUACUUUAAUGAUUUUCAUAAAUGCUGUAUAUUUGGUAAAUCACAUGUUAAGUUUUUAUUGUAUUUAUCUUGGCAAAUAUUAAUUCCAGAAAAGUUGAUGUAGAGAUGUUGGAAAUAACUGGGACUCACUGCAUAGUUUUUCUGUAACUGUCUACACACCAGCUGAUGAAGUGAGCCAGCUUUACAGCCGCACUUGAGUUUUCCAUCAGUGGUAAAGUUGCGAGUGUAACCCCUCUCUCAGACAGACAGCUUUGGGUAAACCUAGCAGGGACAGACCUGUCAGCAGUUCUGCAGUAGUGGGCUGGUUUCUAGACACUGAGCUUCCCUGGUCCCUAAUGUUCCAUAAUGCUGACUUUGCCAGGCUCAACUCUUUGUGUUGGCUAUCGCACUCUCUUUAGUUUUUUUUUUUUUAGUUUGUCUGCCAUUCAGAAGUGUUCACUUAAUGUCUAGCUCUUCAAAAUGUGGACAUGAAUUCAUUGUCAAAAGAUAACUAUAUAUAUUGUUUUUCCUCUUUUCCUUUGGUGGAGAGCAUCGUUGUUAUUUUCUGAUCAGAAUAGCAACUAAAAAUUGUCAGUUUUUUACAAUCAAGCAGUUAUGAUGUAUUACAUUUGAUGUGUUUUAUGAUUUGGAUCAGCUUCACACUAAAAGCUCCAACAGCAGAAGUGCAUUGGAAUGCAUCAUUCAUUGUUAUCCAGUGACAUGUUGUAACAUUCAAAUACGACUCUACACAAUCAGUGAGAUAUUCAAAGUGGUAUUUAACUAUUAUUUUUUUUUACUCCUAAUGAGUUGAACUCCAACAUACUGUGUAGUUCACUUGUAAUAGAGUAUUUACACAUAUUCAAACACAAUGUAAUUCUUUAAGAAAUACCUGAGUACUUAUUCUGCACCUACACUGCAUGAAAAUAUCAAUGAACUUCUCAGUAGAGUGGCUCAUUUAUCUGCUGUUUAAAUAAAUUUGCAGUAGUUCUUAUCAAGUACUCACCAGCCUUGUCCUUGUUUUUUUUUACCGAAUAGUCAUUUGCUACUAAAUGGUCAAAUACCAUAGCAACUGCCUUAGGAAGUUGUUCAACUUGAUCUAGAUGCCAGUGUGGCCAGACAAAGGAUGUGUAGUAUCAAGCAAUUGCUCAUGUUUUUGCAACUAGAUACAUUUUAAGUGCACCUCUUUGGUAAAUGGAAUUGUAGCCUUGUGUUGAAGCCUUGACCGUAAUAACGGUGAGCAGCAAGCCAAUAGAAUUGGUUCUUCUCACAACUAUUGACAGUAGCACGCUGGAACAUGCAGAGUUGUUGUAAAACACAAUGUCAUCAUUAACUUUAGUAAGUUUUGGACUCGUGAGAAAACCACCAGUGGUACCUAACUAGCCUCACUUAUUUGAUUAAAAAAUGUUAUUAACUGCAUUUGGAGAGUGGUCAGAGCUGCUUCUAGAUCCUGAAUUUAAACAACAGAAUUAUUAUUACGACAUAUGAUUUGGAUCUACUACGUUUUUUAUUCUCUGCUUUCAAUUCAAAUCUCCCUCCUACCUCUAUCAGACUGUAUUUGGUCCUCUGACAGCAGCUUUGACACUUGUUGAAGUGGUGGCAUAAGAGUUGGAAAGAGUUCAUGUGGGAGCAACAUGUUGCUCAAUAAACAAUAAUUUUUGUUGAUGCCAAAAAUUAUGGUUUAUCUGCACUGCAAACCCCAUGAUGGUCCUUCUGGUGAAACAAAGUAUGUGCACCCACUGAAGGUGUAGAGUCGGAAAGUAAGCACUCUGAUCCUGUAAGUUUAGCAGUCUGUAUGUGUGCCCCUAACAUUAAUCUGCACCAAGAUGUGUGGGAGGACAAGUAUGAAGAGAUGUUGGAGAUGUGAUGAAUGGUCCAGUCACAUGGCAUGUGGUCUGUCAUUGUAAGGUUGUCUGUACAUACCAGCUUUUAUCUUUUGCCCAGUGCCUCUGGAUAACCUUUAUUUUUCAAUGCAGCCACAUGAUUUAAUCAUAAAAUGUCUUUUUUGUUGAUUAAAUGACAUGCUUAUUGGGUUGUUUGGAUUAUUAUGAGUCCUGAUUGAUUCAGAUUUAUCAGCCAUUUUUUUUUAAAUUGUGAAAAUUAACCACUCUCCAUCCAUAGAAAGUGUAUGCCACUGCUGUUGUUUUAAAUAUGUAUGCCAAGACAGUGUGAGGGACAAAGAGCUCAUUGAGAUUUGGAGAUGCCUCUUUGGCUGUCAGUCAAAGCAGAUUGUUAAAGUCUGAGAUCAUGCUGUGUGCCUCAGUAUGGAAAGGGCAGAGUGCCAAGACAAUGUCUGUCAUUGUAUCGAAACAUCUUUUUCUGUACUCAAGGAGGACUACUCACCAAUAUCCAAUUAGGUUUAGCUGCACUGACUUUUCAUGUGUUUAUUGACAAAAAUGUUUGAUACCAGACGUAAACGGCUGUUUUCCUCAAUUUUCAAAUUUUUUAUACAUCAAUGACCGUGUAUUUUAAAAAAAGGGACAUUGCCCAACUGACUGAACAACAGUCUUGAAAGCUGUUAAAGACAAAAAUGUUCUCAUAUGCAGACAGAGUGCGAGACAUCAUACUCUGCUUAGAGGUAGGAGCUGGUCUCAUCUUUCAUGAGGUGAGGACGGAUUGCCUUUCAGGUACAGGGCUGACACAUAUGGACAAAUAGUCCUUUGUUGACAAUAAUAGAAUAGAUAAUUUGACUGAUAUUCAGGUACUGGUCAGAUCCAGCAUUUGACAUUCAACUUGGGCAUUUGGAGCAGUUGCCUAUCUACUGAGCUGUGGUCUUAUACCUAAAAGUUUGAUGCAGAUGUGAGGGAUGAUAAAGAAAGUGAAACAAGUUGCUCUCUAACGCUCAGUCAGAUCUGAUCGGACAAACUAGAGAUUGAAGCUAGUUUUUGCAAGGCCAAAAUAAUGAUAUUGGUCAUUCAGUGAAGUUGUUCACAUGAACAGAUUACUGAGUGUUAUCUUCAUGUUUCUUCUCACUGAUAGACAUCGAGUGCUGAUUGUCUGCUUUGUUUCCAUAUCCCCCGCCUGUUUCACUUUCUUUAUCAGCCUUUCUUCGCCCCCCUUUAGUUUCCUUUCUCUCUGAUCACAUCCUGUGUUUUCUGUGUCCUCACUCAGGUCAAGAAGGAUGCCUUCUGUAAAGUACCAGAAAGGGGACAUGGUAAUGGGCCGCUGGCCUGGCAGCAGCUUGUAUUAUGAAGUGAAGGUGUUGAGUUUUGACACCAAAAGCCAGCUUUACACCGUCAUCUACAAGGAUGGGACUGAGCUGGAGUUAAAGGAGCAAGACAUCAAGGUAUUCACAAACUCAGAAGCCGCUUUUACAUCAACAUUCCAUCACAGUGCCCAAGUUUAGAGAUGAAGGAUGACCUGUGCAUUUGUUAAUGAUGGUUGCGAUCUCCUUUUGUUUUUCUCCAAGAACCCAGCCGGUUUCCAGACCCGCACUCGCUCCCGCUCUCGUUCCCGAUCACCGGGCCGCCGCCGUAGCAGGUCACGCUCGCCAGCGAGGACCACAAGACGCUCCUCGUCCCGUACAGCAGCCGCUGUUGCUGCCGCAGCCAUAACAGAGAGUGCACCGACCACUCGCAGGGAUGCAAGGCUGAAGGAGGCUAUAGAAGUCAGGCUAAGCUCCCUGGUAAGUGCCUCAGUAGCUUUUUCAAUUUUAAAAAGGAGAAAAGACUUAAAUAAAUAUAAAAAUACAUAAUCCUGCUCAGGAAAGCGUUUUCAACUACCCCUGCACUUCUCCGCAUUUUAUUUCUGAAAGUAUCGGUUAAAACCAGCGAGUUUUGGACGAUUACCGAUUAGUCUCAAACGGGCUAAAAUUGGCCCAUUUAAUCGACUCGCUGAUAAAUCAGUCGGGCCCUAGUACACAUGCCCCUUUUCCAGAUGUUUUAAAAUGUAUUGCUAGCAUCAGAUUAUAAAGAACUUUUGUGUUUGUGUUUUCAAAAACAAUGAAACAGUUUAGUUUCAAAUUUGAUUUGUUGUCUUUGCAGUAUUUUUCAAAUUUGAUACAGGCUCUAAAACCCUCCAAUCUAGUUUGUAUGAAGAUUUUACACAGUGGCCUAACUUGAAUGGAGUUGGGGUUGCUGUAGUUGAAUUUGACUUCUCUUCAUAAGUAGAUAAUCCAGUUUAUGGUCAGUUGUCCUUGAUCAUCAGUACCUCUUCAUUGUAGAGAAAUAGGUUUUUGUCCGUGCUGUUCUGGGGUCCGACCACAACAGUCUCACGUUCCCUUUGCCUGUUCCUCACGUGUGUUUUUUUUUCCCUCCUCUCUGUCUCUCUCCAUUUCCAUCAAUCUCCCUCCUUUGUGUGGCGGACAGGAUCAGACAAAGCCAGCUGAGAACAAUAGCAACAAUAAGCAUGAAAAGAAAGAGGAGAAUAACACUGCUAACAAAGUUGAUGAGGUGAGUUUUAUCUUAGGGUCGAAUAAAUUUGUUUCAUACGUAUCAGAAGUCACUCUGUCCAGCUUCUGUCAGUGCACACAUGAGCAUCAACAGAGGUGAAUACAGACAGAAAAUUCACUGAAGGAAAUGGGGGCAAAAACACUUUUUUCUUUUUAACUCCUCAGCUCUUUACUGCUGAGUCUCUUGCAGAGUAAAAUAAGUUCAAAUAAAAGUGCCACUAAAGAAAAAUAAACCAUGUUCUAGGUGCUCCUCUCUGUCUAGCUAUGAAAGGGCUUUGAGGUAAGUCAGAGCUGCUGGAAUGUCAUGAUGCGUGCAUGUUGGGGGCCGUGUGUAUGUUUUCCAGCUGAGAGAGGCUCCCCUCACAAGAUUGUGCUUCAUUUAGCCAGUCACAUGACACACGGACAUGUGCCGCCUCUUUACUCCCUGAUUUUCACGUUUUCUGACAGCUUUGCCGUUAUCGUUAUCUGUGAUUAUAACAAACUUGAGCUGAAAGUACACAGACUGUGAGUUUACAGCUGUUUUGUGCCUGUUUUCAUGGGUGUUUUUCUUAUUGAUAGUUUUAUGUAUUCUGAGAAGGAUUACAAACCAAUGAUUGUCUCGCCUGUAAAGUCAGGAUGGCUAUGUGACCUUACACUAAUCCCCAAUAGGUAUACUCUUUGUAAGAAGCUUUCUGAGGAGGGGGGAGAAAGCAGCUCAUACAGAGCUUUGGAAAAGUAUAGAUCAGAAAGUAAAGCCUUAUGGAGACAUUUCCAACAGAUUAAAGUCAACACAAAUAUGAUAUGAUGAAUGAGCAGGGAGUGAGGAAAAUCAUCAAACGGCUGAAAAUAAAAGUUGAAAUCUUCAGAAAAUGUACAGUCAGGACUUCGUUUUGUAAUUUGCAGUUAAUAGUUUUAUUGAAAGUUAAACCGUACAUGAUUAAAAACUGCCCAAGGCAUCAUCACAAUGGAUUAAUUUGUGUAUGAGGAACUAAAUAAGCAGAACAAUUAGCUUCUCUACCACUUAAAGGUUUUAGUAUAUCCAUUUUUUGCUCAAUACCUGAAUCUAUAGUGAGGACAACUUUGUAAGAGAUUUACUUUGAGAUUUCCACUAACACGUGGACAGUAUUUGAGCAGUAAUGUACUUAAUAAAGGUAUCUGUCAGAGAAAUCCUGAAAUGGGUUAGUCUCCUGUCACUGUUUAUGACACCUGAAUUAAAGUUCAGCUUCAUUACGUUGGAAUUACUUCGAUUUUAUGACUUCAGAGAUUGUUUUGGUCAGUGUUCGGACAUCCCGUAUUUGGUGUGUUCUGCUUGUAUUUCAUUGGCUCACAUUAACUUUAAGUUUGAUCUCUAUACUGACUGUUUUUGACAUUAAGCCUGAGCCUUUCAAAGCACUUAUGGUAAAUGUAACCGGGGGGCUUUGUUUAAAUUGCAAACUUUAAUUGUGUUUAACCUUAACUGUGAUUUUUAAAUAAGUUUUUAAUAAUUCUUGAUGAGUCUUAAUUCUUCUUUUUCUCUCUAAGGUGGAAGCCGAGCCUGAAAAGAACCAAAGCCGUUACAAUCUGCGCCGCAGGAAGGACGACGGAGAUGCCAAAGAAGCCGAGGCCAAACCAGAGCAGCUGGAGGAGAAGGAGGCCAAGCCGGCCGCACCUCCUUCUGCCGCUACCACCCCGCUUGACUUUGGAGGGAAGAUAGGUAGGUUAAAAGGAUAAAAGGGAAAUCCAGUGUCAUGUCUGUAGUCGGCUACUAACUGAAGUGCUCUUCUGUUGUAUCGUUGAGUGGAAAUGUUAAACUGCGCCUGAUCUAAUCUAAAGAUCUGUUUAACUUAUUUGUCUUUCCUUUUCUACCAGGAGCUUACUUCUGGCUGCUGUUCCUACCAGCCUGGGUUCUCUUCGUUAUACUCCAAGUCAACCUCGAGGACCCCAGCUUGGCCAACUUCCCCCCUCCUGUACCCCCUCUUGAAACUUUCUGGGAUGGACAGGCUCUUGGAUUUGUUAUUCUCUGGAUUUUAUUCCAGGCCUUGCUCUACAUCCUGCCAGUGGGAAAGGUGAGUGGCAGAAGCUACGAUGACGGGUCGGUUGUUCAACAAAAAUGCGUUUUACCUUUUUCCUCUUUUUAGCCGUAUGAAAAACAAUCAGUUUAGUAUUCAACUGAGCCAGCAGCUGCCUCACUCCUUGUAUUCACAUGUAGAGGAAAGACAACUUGGCACAUGAUUUUCUCUGUUUGUGAGCUCUGGCAGGAGGCAGAAAUUGGAUUAAUGGUCAGGAGUCACAGUUAAUGAGAUGCUCCACGGGGGAAAAAGGAGUUCUUUUAGUCUCUGUCCGGGGUCAUCUCACACUGCCUGAGAUAAUUGUCUUCCUACCUAAAUGACUAACCUUAUGAACAUGUGAUAUUUUGAAAUUGGAUAACAGCUCAGUUAGGGUGUUCUGCUCAAAAGCUGACAAUUGUCUUUUAUAGUUUCUGUCCUUUCUCUCUCUGUUCUCCUCGAAAGCAAUGUCAAUGAUUAAAGACAGAUUCAUGACCGUAAUUUGUCAAUUUAAUGAUAAUCUGACUUUGUUUCAAGAGUAAUAAAUAUAAAGUAUAAAUGGAGUAUAAAUAAGUAUAAAAGUAUAUAGAGAGUGUAUAAAUAAGAGUAUGAAUUAGAGUAUAUAAAUGAGUAUAAAUGGAAAAUGAAAUAUAUGGACAAUCAGUGACUUUUCCUUUUUUUUUAUUCUGACUGUCAGCCUUUCGCUGAGGUGAGACUACACAAUAUUUCUGUCAGUCACAACAGUCACUGUCAGGUUUUGUGAUCACAGAGCCUCAAAAUCCUUCUGGUUGACUACCUGAUGGUACACGACAACCAUGAACAGCAUGAUGACUUUAGAGGUGGAGGGCCUGGGCUAGGUGACAGCAGCUGCCCACCACGAUAACAUCCUAAGGGCAGGGCCUUUAUAACUACCUUUUCCACUGUCUCACUGCUCCAGCCUCAUCAGUUUACUUUGCUCUCUUCUCUGUUUGUUUGUUUGUUUGCGCUUGUGAUUUGUGACCGCAUGUCAAGAGCGCUCUGUGCUCUUAUUGGACAGUGUCACUGAUGUCAUGGAACAAGUUAUAGAAGGUUGGGAGAAAAAUCAAACAUGCCAGACGUUCUGUCUGGAGCUGUUGGGAGGUGCCGCAGAUGUGCCCUUGAUUGUUGUUCAUUAUUACAUACUGGACUAUACACUAGAUCAGAGGUGGGCAAUUCAUUUUUACAUGAGGCCACAUGAGAAAUCUGAACUAUAUUGGAGGGCCGAACCAACAAUAACUUUAACUUCAAAUCAGUGGGGGUUCACACAUACAGAAAAGCAAGCCCAAAUAAGCAACUACUAGUUAAAAACAAACCCAAAAAAAGUGCAACCGCAACUCACGAAUUUUACAAGCAACUUUUGAGAAAAACAAGCCUAAAGUCGUUUAUAAUAAGCGGACUUGGCAACUAUAAGGCGUCUACUCAUAUUUUGCCGAUGUUUAAACUUGUCUAUGUUCACAAAUGCAGAUCUAGGAUGUACGCACAUGCGUCUAAUCGGAAAUAAAACAACGGCUAGGUUUUUCAAAAUAAAAGCAACACACUCGUAUAGCAUGUUGAUGAUUUGAUUGACGGACCUCAUAAAGGGCCGGGCAGGGACAUCGAAAGGGCUGGAUGUGGCCCUCAGGCCGUAAAAUGCUCAGGUCUGCUGUCGGUAAAACAAUCAAUUUUCAGGGCUGACGGGUCUCUGCAAACUGUAAUGUUCAUGUGUUUAAUUGGUGUAGCCUGAGCUGAUGCCAUUAUCAGGUGUGUUUAUGAGUUAAAGCACAAUGGUGAUCAAUGAACAAGUUGUGAUCAGCUGUUAAUCUCAGUGUUUCCUCUCUCCUUCAGCUGAGCGAGGGCAUGCCACUGAGGUCUGGACAACGGCUGAAGUACCGAACCAAUGGUGAGCAAACCAGCCUCUGUCUUUGUCAGGGCACUGAAGCUUCAGUUAAAGCUUGACAGAUCAUUAAUUUUUUGGUCUCUUCCAGGUUUCUUUGCGAUCGUGUUGAGUUCUGUAGCAGUGGCAGCAGCGGCGUACCAGGGCGUUGACCUCACCUACAUCCACAGCCACUUCCUUCAGCUGGCGGUGGCGACUUUCCUCAUCUCUGUACUGCUCAGCGUCUACCUGUACGUCCGCUCUCGUUACGCUGCUCCAGAGCAUCUGGCACUGGGGGGCAACUCUGGUAAGUGAAAGAUCAACAGAUAUCUACUCAUGUAAAGAUGUUGUGUGUAUGUAUCAUUAAUUCUUCUCGUCUGUGGUCGCAUUUUUGACUCUGAUGUCUCAUGCGCUAUUUCUCCAGGUAAUGUAGUGUAUGACUUCUUCAAAGGACAUGAGCUUAAUCCACGCAUCAAGAACUUUGACCUGAAAUUCUUCUGUGAGAUGCGCCCUGGUCUGAUUGGCUGGGUGAGUUUUUGUGGAUAACAUAAUUAAAUCUUUGUGAAAUAUAAUCAUCAGUGAAGAAUUAAAUCACUUAAAUUUAAAGUUGUUUAACUCUGCUAAUAUUUGAUUGUGACAGGGCCUUUUAUUUCUUUCCCCUCAUCACCCUCUAGUGGCCAAAUGUAGAAACUUCAUAUCCUCAGACAGGCAUGAAAAGAGUGAAAGCCUCUCUGUGUUCUUAUAAUACAGCAAACAUUGAUUAUAAUUAAUGAUUGUUUUCUCUCUCUCUUUUUCAGUGUUUGAUCAACUUUGCCAUGGCUCUGGCUGAGAUGAAGCAGCAGGGUCUGGAUGCUCCGUCACACUCGAUGAUCCUCGUGAACAUCUUCCAGCUUCUCUAUGUUGUAGACGGUCUCUGGAAUGAGGUGAGGCCUGACGGUCAUUAGACAAUAAUGCUGCACAAUUAACUCUUUUUUUAAUGCUUUUUUAUUCCGGAUUUUAACUUCUUUGGUAAUCUUUUAAAAAAAAACUGAGUUAAUGAGACAGCUUGAUGAAUUUCUGUCUCGUCUGUUCCUCAGGAGGCAAUCCUGACCACCAUGGACUUGAUGCACGAUGGUUUUGGUUUCAUGCUGGCAUUUGGUGAUCUGGUGUGGGUUCCCUUCACGUACACCCUGCAGGCCUAUUACUUGGUUAGCCACCCAAACCCACUGAGCCUCCCUGCUGUUGCAGCCAUCAUCACACUGAAACGUAAGCAGGGGCAAAGCUACGAUAGACUCUUUGUACAAAUAAUCUGGAUUGUGUUUUAAUGAGUUUAUAAAAGCUCUUUUUCGUGCUGUCUUGAGUUCAUGUGUAAAUGUCAUGUCGUCUUUUUUUUUUCUUGGUUUCUCUUUGUUUCAGUUGGGGGCUUCUACAUCUUCAGGAAAUCCAACUCUGAGAAAAAUGCCUUCAGAAGGAACCCAGCAGACCCCAAACUCUCUCGUAAGUUGUCUUGAGUUUAAAUAGAUCCACAUCCAGCUUCAAGGGAAGGUUCAGUAAUUUUAAAGUGGAGUUGUGUGAGAUUAGCUGACAAAAGACAGUUCAUAUUCGUCUUUGCUGGCAGGUGGGUUUUCGAACUGAUAUCAUUUUAAGUAACCCCCACUCUGUUACAUAAUUUAACUAAUCUUAACAAACUCAAGCUGUUCUCUGUUUGGAAAUUUGUUAGCAUUUACAUUUGUGAUUAAAUUUAAAUUAAAUUAAAACAUCAAACUCUAAAAAUAAUCCAGAUGACUCAGGAAGAGCUGCAGAGUUCACAUCUUUUGUCGCUCUCUUCUGUCCAGAUCUGAAGACCAUCCCCACAGCUACAGGGAAGAGUCUGCUGGUGUCUGGCUGGUGGGGUGUGGUCCGCCACCCGAACUACCUGGGAGACCUUAUCAUGGCCCUGGCCUGGUCCUUGCCCUGUGGUGAGUUUAUUCAUGUUCACAACAUAAAUAUUCAAACUGGAAAAGUGUCAUCUCCUUUCUUACUCUGAUGAUGGAAGUGCAAAAACACACAGCAAGAAGCCAAAAGACCGUAUGUGUGUCCAAACUGUGUGUUACAUAGUGUCAGAGCAUGUGCCUUGUGAAAAAAGUUAGUGUCAAGCCGUGUCUCCUUUUGGAUACAGAUUUGAGUGGGUGGUUCUUUUAACUGUGUUCCCUGUCCUUUUUUGAUUGUCUGCUCGUGCAGGUUUCAGCCACCUCCUUCCAUGGUACUACAUGAUCUAUUUCAUCAUCCUGCUUGUUCACCGAGACUCCCGAGACAUGAGCGAGUGCAGGAGGAAGUACGGCUCCGCGUGGGACGAGUACUGCCGGACUGUUCGUUACCGGAUCAUUCCCCGCGUCUACUAAGAAGACGAAGGACGCUCCCGAGCUGAGGCCUUUUUUGACCCAGUAUUGUGGCUGUGAAGGCAAAAAACAACAAAAAAAACUAAAUAUGAAUGGAUUAACUGACUGAUUUGUUUUUUAGAUUUUCUUUUGAACAAAGAGUUUUUAAAAAUCUUCUGUGGACUGAAGGCGCUGCAGUAUUUUGAAUAUUUUCAUGAAAGGAAAAAAAGACGCUCAUUGGUUUUAACGGACUUUGGAAGGAUUGCCUUUUUAAUCAAAACAACACUCAAAAUGUCUGUUUUUUUUUUUUAAGUUUACAAAAGGGGAGAAAAAAAAGCCUCUGCAAGGAAUGUCUUGUUGGGAUGUAUAUUUUUGUAUAUACACUUUUGUUUUUUACUGCAGGAAUAACUCAACACUUGCAAAAUUUUUGCUAAAAUUUUACUCUUUGUUCCCAUUUUCCAAAUACAACAAUAUCAGCUUGGUAACUAUGAAUAACUUUGUAAGUACGCCUUCCUACUUUGAUGAAACUGCUUGUGUAUAUUGUGAAAGACGGGAUUGAAAAUGCUAAUUCAUUUGAAAUGACUUGUACAGCAGAACAAGGACUUCUGUUCUUUCUCAGGACCCAGGAUGUUGUCUGAAAUCAACAUUAGAAAAACGUCUCAAAGAGUUUUGUUGUGUAUAAUGUUACAGAGAUAUCUAGUUUUGACUGAAGAGUGUAAAACAUUUUUUAGUGAUGGUAAGAAAAAAAUGCACUAAUGUGUGACAUCUUUUUUUGAUUUUAUUAUUUUGCUUUAUGGACUCCAAAGUGUAUUUGAUUUGGCCUCGCUACCUCCGGUUCUCUCACUGUCCAGUCCAUGAUGCUCAGUACACUCUGGGAGACAGUGUGGGUAAUCAUGAGUGUGACAUUGACGGAAAUGAACUAGAUCUCAACAGUUUUUAGUAUCUGUGAUAGAAAAACAAAAAGUGGCACCUGCCUCAAUCUAAGUGUCAUGACUUGAAAACGAAAUAUCCCAAACUACGUUUAUUCGCCACAUUUUUAUGGCACGGGUGGAACUAUCUGUAUUUUUUAUUCUCCAGAUCAUGGUCUCUCUUCUGAACCGGUGUUUGUUUUUUAAUUUGGCAACCACUGCCACGUGAAUUUGGUUUUGAACCUGUUAAGCUUUAAUUUUCCGGGUCAUAUGACUAUCUUGAUUAAGUUAAUACUGUGACAACAUGCCAAGCUUUGAUUAUGCCAGCAUUUAUUAUCUCUGCUAUUGCAAACCCAAAAGAAGUACUUUUACGCAUGUGCAGCUCUAGAGCAGUAUAAGUAGCAAUACAUGAAGUAGAUUAGGUAGCAUUUCUUUGAAUGCUGUGCUGACUGAAUACCAUGUAAAUAUAGUUUGUUUUUAAUCAUGUUGUUUUCAGAAAAAAGAGGUGAUUAGUGAUCAUAGUUAUGUUCAUCAUUAGGUAUUUAAUGUUGCUUUCAUUUUGUUUGUUUUUAAUUUAACCACUUAAUUUUGACCACUAUAGCUCUGUUUACACCCAAACCUGUUGGGAAUUUGGACAAUACUUUAAAAUUUACCAAGAUAUAAACUUGUGUGCAACACCUUUCACCUCAACAGAGUUUGAGGUGCUCUUUUCUGUAUGCCCAAAAUGUAUUUAGGAGGUAUUUAUGAAUGAAAAGAAAAAUGUCUUUAUAAAUAUUAAUCCAAUUCAACUUCAUUUGGCAGUCUGAGUAGAAAGCAAUAAGUUUAGAGUACUACUUUAUAAAAACAACAAAUGAAAAGUCAGUGGCUUGAACAGGUUGUCCCUGAGGAUCGAUCUGUGACAGCAGUUGGGAAAUGCUUAUCUGUACAAAUAUUGUGGCACAAAAUAAAGAUUUACAGUAUUUCUUUUACAGAUUUUUCUGAAA